UUUCUCUUACACAAAUCCAUUUUCAUUACCCGCCAUACCCUUGACCUUCCCCCGCCCUGCGUCAGCGCUUACUUGCUUCGUUUUUCAGUCCCUCUCUCUUUUUUCUCCUGACCGAUCAAAUCCAAAAUAACCGUCGCCAGUGACUGAGAAACAGUGACGGCGAGCACCUGAAAAACAAGGAAAAAUCAGUAACCGCUUCUUCAAUUUCUAUCUCCGGCGACGAAAAUAGCAACGCAAAAAUGGAAAAUAACAACAAUAUUAGUAUCAGCGACGAGCUCAAAAACGAAACUAAAACCAAAUCUAAUGUUGAUAAUAGUAAUGUUCGGAACCCUAAUUUUAAUGUGCCUCUUAAAACCGCCGUAAUCUCUGCCGCUAGUACUAGAGAAGAAGGCGAACUCUCUACCUCUGCUUCUUCUUCCGACGACGACGAAAAUGAUGACGACGAAAAUCCUGUUUCCUCUGGUAGACAGUCAGCUGGUUCAAUUAACCCACCUGCACCGACAGGGCUGUGUUCUGUUCCUUCGUUUAACAAUUUAAAUAAAGGCAUUGUUCAAGCUAGUAAGGCUACUUCUAGCGAUAAUCCUGAAAACUCUGUUGGUGUUCAGUCUCGUUCAUUCUUACAAUCAAAGAAUGACAAGGGAUUUGAGAAGAACAAACUGCGCACUAGAUCUGCUAAUACCGUAUGGCGUAGGCCUCCAGGUGCAGAUACUAACCUAGUGAUAAGAUUCUCAGAUGAUGACACGGGAAGUGAAUCUGAAGAUUGCAGACUCAAGAAGGCUUUAGAAUUAAGACGGAAGACAGCUGGAGCAGACAAUAAGCAGAGGCUGUUUUCUCUUGUAUCUGCAAAACCUACCAAAUUACAACCUGCUGCCAGAAAUGUGAAUAAAGUAUUACCUAAGAAGUCUCUUAGUCGCACAUUUGUCUCGGAUAUAACUAGGAUUAAUGGAGGAGACCAAGCCAGGGUCGCUGGGUCCUCAUCAGCUGAGCAGGUAUCUCGAGUUAGAAAUCUCAAUACAAUGAAAAGAAAAUUGUCUAACGAAGAGCAUGUUUCUGAUCAAUGUUUGGGUUUGAACACCACUAAACUUCGGGAUUUGAGGCAGCAGAUUGAACUUCGAGAAAAAGAACUGAAGCUUAAGGCUGUCUAUCAGAAUAAGGAUUUUGCUUCAGUUUCAGGAAGGGAUUACAAUUCUGGGAACCUAGGUGCUGGUGCAGACAGAAAAUCUGACAUGACCUCUUUAGGAAUUCGAAUGUUAGAAGCAACAGAACCAGAUAAGAAACGUUUAAAAGUCACUGGAACUUGUUCUACCCAGCCAGUAUCAGAUAGGCAUCAAGAGAUAGUUUCUUUAAAAUCACACAUUCCUUUGAAAGAGCUAGCAUUAGGAAGCAAUGGUUUGCAAGAUAGGAACAUGAUUGAUCAUGACCCAAAAGGAAAUCCCCCGAGAAAGACAGAUUCAAGAACUGUUAAAUGGAAAAAGCAAGAUGAUAAGCUUGAGGAUAAUUCAGAGAAUCUAUCUAGUGCAUUGAAAGAAGUGUUAUGUUUUGCAGGGGCUAAUGUCACUGUUAACGACAUGCAGACUGACAGGUGCAGUAUGCAGAUGGAUCCUUCUGUAUUAUUGAACCAAAAUGCACCUUUAACCAAUGUCGACUCAAAUGUUUUUCUCAAGAAUAAAAACAAUGUUAUCCUGAAUCAUCCACUCAAGAUUGGUGGACGUCAGCUACUGGGUUCUUUUUCAAAGACAACAAGUCGUGAACAACUUCAUGAUGCCAUAUCUAAUGACCGGGAAGUUGGUCAAGCAUUGGACAACACUUGUCAGGCAUCAUUAGACCAUAGUAGUCGCUGGAAUUAUGUUGCGGUGGCAAAUGUCUCAGAACAUGAUAACAUGGAUAUGGAUUCAUUAGUUGAAAUGGAGGAAUCAUUGGAUAAGGAGCUUGGGGAAGCACAAGAGCAGAGGCGCAUAUGCGAAAUUGAAGAAAGAAAUGCUCUUAAAGCUUAUCGAAAAGCUCAGAGGGCUCUGGUUGAGGCUAAUUCUAGAUGUACUGACCUCUAUCGGAGAAGGGAACUGUAUUCGGCUCAUUUUCGAUCAUUAUUUUUGAGUGAUUCCGGCUUGUCAUGUUCCACCGGAAAACAAGAACGUGUUAGGAUUGGUUUUAACCAAAUGGACAAUUCAUCUAGAAGUUUACAGCAAAUGCCACCUUCAAACCUUCCUGAGAGGCCUGAUUACGAUCGCCAUAACCAACCAGGGUAUGAUUUGAACAUUCAGUCCGCCAGCGACUCUCCGCUGAAUGCACCUUAUAUUCAUGUCAAUGGACAAAAUUUGAGCUUUGAACCAUGCAGUGAACCAGAUGCAAGUACAUCUGAGCCAUUGUAUGUGAACAGAAAACCUGCUGCGGACAUUGCUAGUUCUCCUAAUGAUCGAUUUUCAGCAGAUGAAGACGAGGAGACUUCUCCAUUAAAGCAUAAGAAUGUGCAGCCUUAUUCCAAAAUUCAGCAGAGAGAACAAGCUUCUGUGGGAAGGCAAAAAGAAAGUGCUUAUCAGUCAAAUGAAAAAUCCUUCACUGAUUGUUCCCCAGAUUCUUUGAUUCUUGAGGCAACAUUAAGGUCUGAACUAUUUGCACGGCUAGGAAAGAGGACUUUCUCGAAGCCUAGCAGUCCAUUAAAUCUAUACCCUGCAGAUGAGGUGGCGACUGAUAGUGACAACGGAAGUGAAAGAACUCAAACAAGCAAUGGCAGUGCUCUGCUAUCAGAGCCAGAAAGAAAUCAAGAAUUUGGUCUAGGAGGUAAUGAUCAGCCUGAGAGAAAUAAUUCUGAGGUUACCUUCAAUAUCCAGAACCAGAAAAAGAACGACGAUGAGUAUUCUAGCGCGUGGCAUCCCGUAGAAACUUUUGUAUUUUCACCUUCGUUGGUUUUAAGGAGUGCAUUUGGUCAUAUGAAAUAUAUUCCUGCACUUAAUUCCAUAGAAUUACAAAGUCAAAAAGGCAAACAAGAUGGCAGUUGUGAUUAUAAAAAUGAAGCUGAUUGUACUGACAUUGGGGAUAUUCAUUGUGCCAUUACCAUAGCUGACCCAAUGGAGGAGGGUAUUAGGGGUUUAUGUGGUCAGGAAGUUGGCUCAUUUACUAGUGAUCUCUUAGUUGAUCCAUUUUGGCCACUCUGCACGUACGAACUCCGUGGAAAAUGUAACAAUGAUCAAUGUCCUUGGCAACAUGUUAGGGACUUCUCCAAUGGAAAAGUAGGCCGUCGGCGUGAUGAUUUUUACAGUUCUGACUGUCAGGUUGGAUUACUUCAAACAAGCUACAAGGGCACAACAGAACUUUCAAAAUUUCAGUGUGCUUCGACUCCACCAACUUAUAUAGUUGGCUUAGAUAUUUUGAAAUAUGAUCCACAUAAAUACAACUCUGUUGUAACUCAAGGAAAUGGGCAAUGCUGGAAGAAAUGCUUCACUAUCUGCAUAGCUUUAUCAAAUUUUCUUCAAAAAGAUUUGCCUGCUGAUGAGCCAUUUUUGCUAGGAAGUGAUGGUCGCAUUGAGGUCCAGUGUAAUUCAGAGAAGCAGUUGUCAUACUUCCAGAGUAGAAAAAGCAUAGUGAAUCAUCCAAAUCUUACGUUACCUUCUACUUUGCAAUCUUUGGAGAUGGCUUUUCUUAUGCUCAGUCAAGAGGCUAACAAACUUGAGGGUAUGAAAAAGGCUCUCUCUGUUCUUUCACGUGCUAUUGAAGCUGUACCUAAUUCUGAUAUUCUGUGGAUAAUUUAUCUACUUAUUUACAACGGCAAUGUGAAAUCAGUUGCAAAGGAUGACAUGUACUCCUAUGCGGUUAAACACAAUGACAAAUGUUAUGUAAUCUGGCUUCUAUAUAUCAACAGUCGUACACGGAUCGAUUAUCGUUUAGUUGCAUAUGAUGCUGCCCUCACAGCACUUUGUCGCAGUUUAUCUACCUACGAAAAGGAUGAAAUGUAUGCUAGUGCAUGCAUCUUAGACGUGUUUUUGCAGAUGAUGGACUUUUUGUGCAUGUCUGGGAACGUCGAUAAGGCCAUUCAGAAAAUCUGUAGGCUCUUUCUUGCAACAGAUAUUUCAGAUCAACAUCAUUCUUUGGUGCUCUCUGAUGUCCUUGCAUGCUUAAAAGUUUCCGAUAAAUGUAUGUUUUGGGUAUGUUGUGUGUACUUAGUUAUGUACAAGAAGUUGCCGGAUGCUAUUGUGCAUAAGUUUGAAUGUUACAAAGAUUUGCUAGCCAUUGAGUGGCCCCGCGUUCAUUUACCAGAUGAAGAGAAGCAGAGGGCUAUUCAACUGGUAGAUAUGGCGGUGGAUUCUGUUAAAGAGUAUGUGAAUAUCAAAUCACUCGGGAAAGAAGUUGAACAUAAAUCCAUGCAAUAUUUCGGUCUUUGCCAUGUUAGGUGCAUGGUAGCACUCGAUUGUUUGGAAUGCUGCAGGAGCUUGUUGGAUGAAUAUAUGAAGAAAUACCCGUCCUGCUUAGAAUUUGUGCUUAUAUCAGCAAGGGUUCAAAUGAAUAAUUUUGAGGGGUUUGAGGAAGCCCUUAGAAACUGGCCGAAGGAAAUUCCAGGAAUUCAUUGUAUCUGGAAUCAAUAUAUCGAAUUUGCUCUCCAAAAGGAAGGUCCUGAUUUUGCAAAAGUGCUCAUUGUCCGUUGGUUUAGCUUACUUUCAGGAGAUCAGUUUACUCCAAAGGAAAAGUCGGAUGAUAUAGGUAGCUUGCAUGUAUCGCUGGAAAAAGCUUCAGCGUCAAAUUUGAACUUCUUGACAGCCGGUUCUAACCACUCGGAUCUGAUGUUUGGAUAUCUCAAUCUCUCUCUCGGUAAAUUGUUACAUAAUGAUCAAGCUGAGGCCCGUGACGCCAUUGAUAGAGCAUUCAAAUCUGCAGUUCCGGCAUUUUUUGAGCAUUGCUUGAGAGAACAUUCUGCAUUUUUGCUCAAGUUCGAGUCACAGUUAAAUGAAGGUGCUUCUAUAAGUAAGUGCCUGAAUGUUUUGAACCGUUACUUGGACAAAAUCCGGGCUUUCCCUGUUUCCGAGCCAUUAUCUAGACAAUUUAUCGAAAAAAUCGAGAAGCCAAGAAUGAAACAGCUGAUUAGUAACAUACUGACUCCAGUUUCAUCUGAAUAUGUUAUUGUAAACUUGGUUCUUGAAGUGUGGUAUGGACCGUCACUUAUACCCCAAGUAUUUAGCCAGCCAAAGGAACUGGUUGACUUUGUCGAAGCCGUCUUGGAGAUAGUGCCGGAUAAUUAUCCAUUAGCAUUUUCGGCUUGUAAGUUGCUGACAAAAGGCGAGCAUUUUAUUAAUCUUACUUCUGGCAGUAUGUUGUACUGGGCAAGCUCAACUUUAGCCAAUGCAAUCUUUCAUGCCAUCCCAAUAGCUCCGGAGUAUAAGUGGUUAGAUGCUGCUGGUAUUUUAGAUGAUAUUGCCGGUAUUGAGCUAAUCCGCGAGAGGUUUUACCGGAAAGCUUUAUCCGCUUAUCCAUUUUCUGUUAAGUUGUGGAAACGCUAUCAUAAUUUGUCGAAAACUAGAGGAGAUGUGAGUUUUGUUGUAGAAGCUGCAAGAGCAAAGGGUAUUGAACUUGGUUGAGAAUCUCUUAUAGAUGGUGUAUAGACACGGUUUUGUAGGUGGCAGGAUUCGCUACUUUUAACGGUUUGGAUAGGUUAGUUUUAGAUAGUUUCUUUUAUGAGAUUGAAUUAGUCAGUAAUCACAGAAAAGCACAGGAUAGGAAUAUGAUACAGUUCAGUGAAGAAGGCACAUUUAGGUGUAUUUUUGGUCAGAUUGUAAUUGCUGAAAUUCUGUAGUGAAAAUUAAUGGAUAUAGUUAUAUGAAAUGAAUAGAAAUUCGUUACAUUUAA